GUGACAGUGAGAUUGCAUCUAUUGUAAUUAAUGAAAGUGAGGCAGAAGGAGAGGAAGCAAGGAAGUUCCUGGAAGAAGUUCGUGUUACAUUUCCACAGGUUUUGCGGGUUGUGAAAACAAGGCAAGUGACCUAUUCUGUGCUGAAUCAUUUAAUUGAUUAUCUCCAUAAUCUUGAGAAGGUUGGGUUGUUGGAGGAAAAAGAGAUGAAUCAUCUAGAAGAUGCUGUCCAGACUGACUUGAAAAGGCUAUUACGGAAUCCUCCUUUAGUAAAGAUUCCAAAGAUACGUGAUUUGGUCAGGGUCAACCCUUUGUUGGGAGCGCUUCCUACUACACUGAGUGAGCCAAUUAUAGGUUCUGCUAAGGAGAUAAUGAAACUACGAGAUGCAACGCUUUAUAAAGAGGGAUCCAAGCCAACUGGCAUUUGGCUUAUUUCUGCUGGAGUAGUAAGGUGGGCAAGUAAGAGUAUAAGAUAUAAGCAUCUGUUGCACCCAACAUUUGCACAUGCAAGCACUUUGGGCCUAUAUGAAGUGUUGAUUGGAAAGCCUUACAUGUGUGACAUGAUCGCUGAUUCUGUGGUUCUCUGUUUCUUUGUCGAAGCUGAAAAGAUUCUUUCAGUCGCCAGAUCUGAUCCUGCAGUUGAAGAAUUUUUUUGGCGGGAAAGCGUUAUUAUUCUUGCCAAACUCUUGCUUCCUCAAAUAUUUGAGAAAAUGGCAAUGCAAGAUUUGAGAGCUCUUGUUGCAGAACGGUCAACAAUGAGUAUAUAUAUAAGAGGAGAAACUGUUGAGCUACCUCACCACUCCAUUGGUUUCUUAUUAGAAGGAUUCAUAAAAACCCAAGAUGUCCAAGAAGAACUGAUUACAUCUCCAGCAGCACUGUUACCUUCAUAUGGAGAUCAAAGCUUCCGGGCAUCAGAAACAUUAGGUGCCAAGGCAGCCAGUUUUUCCCAUCAUGCAUUCUUGUAUCAAGUUGAGACUAGGGCAAGGGUCAUCAUGUUUGAUAUCGCGGAAUUUGAAGCCAGCAGGGCCCUCCAGAGGAGGUCAUCUUCAUUGCUACCACAAUCAGUUGAUCACCCAACUAGAUCUUUAAGUAGAGAACACGGUGGGCUUAUGAGUUGGCCUGCACAGUUUUUCGAGCCCAGGCACCAUCCUCAUGAUCCGGAAGAGACUCAUCACAAAUUAAACAAUUUAUCUGCCCGGGCAAUGCAGCUAAGCAUCUUUGGCAGCAUGAUACGUAACUCCAGAUCCCGUCCCCAAAGUCUUCCAAGUAAUCAGUUGAAGCUGUCUUAUAGUCAGUCGUAUCCAGCAGUUCCAUCGAAUCAUGGGCGACCUCUUGUAUCUGUUAGAUCUGAAGGAUCUACUACAGUGCGAAACAACCUUGAAGUACAACAACGCUUAGUACGAAAUCCUACAUCUCAACUUCCAAGUUCAAGCAUGAAAGAAAGUCCAAUAGAAGAUAACUCGGGUGAUGAGUCUGGCCCUGAGGAUGAACAUAUUAUCCGGAUUGAUUCACCGAGUAGUCUAUCUUUCCGUCAAGCUUCUUGAAGGUUAUUUGCAGCUGAACCAUAAUAAUGAUUGUAUUCAUUUGUUUAUUUUCCGCCUGUUCUUUCUUUGGAAAAUAUAUAGUGUUUGUAUGUGUGAUCUCCCGUGUAAAAUGAGGAUGCACAAAAGAGAUACACCUGAAAGCUUCUAUUCAGACGAAUGUAUCUGAUGACUACAUGUAGCAAGGGAUGGUGUAUUGUUACUUCCAUCACCCAAUACAUCAUGUGCUUGACUUUUUCAGAAAAUUAAGCAUGAGAAUGAGUCCUCAAUGUUUUGUGGAUG